CAGUUAACGCCAGCUGCGACCAGACAGGGAGCAGACGAUUUUCCGAAAAGGCAGGAAGGAGGUUCUGUUCGUGCGACAUCCUGUGCCUGCAGCCGCGUACGCAUUUUCGCCGUAACCCAAACCAACCAGCUGUGAAUUCACUAUAAAUAUGUCUAAUAUCGUCUGCUAUCAAACGCCUCGGGUUAUAAUGCAUGAACAACACAGAAAAAGUACAACUCUAUAGCCAACGGGUUCCCAAGGACUUGAUUACAGUCGCUUCAAGCCUGAUAGUUUGUGUCUGUGCGGCUGCUCCCCCCUCUCCCCUCUGCUCACGCCCGUCAAGUCAACUGGCAUUGCUUCUGACAACUUCCCCGUCUCUCUGCCCUGGUAAAGAAGACUCAGGUUCCCCUGUGGUAUCCGUCUACUUUGCUUGUUGCCCUCCCUUAGUUUCGUCUUCUCUGCUCUGCACUAGCACUUCCCUGGAUUUACGUCAUUAUCUAUUAGGCUUUGUAUCCAAAUUCAACAGAGAUGAUUCCAAACGGCUAUUUGAUCUUUGAAGAUGAGAGUUUCCUUGAUUCCACUGUGGCCAAGAUGAAUGCCCUGAGAAAGAGCGGACAGUUCUGUGAUGUUAGACUGCAGGUGUGUGGUCAUGAGUUGAUGGCUCACCGUGCUGUACUGGCUUGCUGUAGCCCUUACCUGUUUGAGAUCUUUAACAGUGACAUUGAGCCCCAUGGAAUUUCUCAUGUCACCUUUGAGGACCUGGACCCAGAGGCUGUGGAGAUCCUGCUCAACUACGCCUACACUGCCCAGCUAAAGGCAGAUAAGGAGCUGGUUAAGGAGGUUUACUCUGCAGCAAAAAGGUUCAAGAUGGAACGAGUCAAGCAGAUUUGUGGGGACUACCUGCUAUCUAAGAUGGAUUCCCAGAAUGCCAUUUCCUUCCGUAACUUUGCCAGCUCCAUGGGAGACGGCCGUGUGUUGGCCAAAGUGGAUGCUUUUAUCCAAGAUCACCUGCUGGAUGUGUCAGAGCAGGAUGACUUCCUUAAACUCCCCCGCCUCAAGUUAGAAGUAAUGCUAGAAGACAACUUGACCCUGCCCAGCAAUGGGAAGCUCUACUCCAAGGUACUCAACUGGGUACAGCGCAGCCUGUGGGAGAACGGAGACCGACUGGAACGACUUAUGGAGGAGGUGCAAACGCUGUACUACUCAGCCGACCACAAGCUGGUGGAUGGAGGGCUGGUGAUUGAGGGGCACACUGAGGUGUUUAGUGGCGAGGAGGACCACCUACAGUUUGUGCAGAAAAACCCCCCUCGGGAGAGCACCCAGAGACAAAUGAGCUGCAGCUCUUCAGGAAGUCUGUCACCUUCCAACCAAGCAUCAAACACCCCCAAACAGACUGCCAGGAGAGAGUGGAAGUACAUUGCUUCUGAGAAGACCACCAACAACACCUACCUGUGUCUGGCUGUGCUGGACGGCGUGCUGUGUGUGAUCUUCCUGCAUGGUCGCAGUAGCCCCCAGACCUCUCCCUCUGCCACCCCCUGCCUAAUGAAGAGCCUCAGCUUCGAGGCCCAGCCCGAGGAGCUAGAGGAGCAGCCGCUGUCACCCAUGCAUUACGCUCGCUCAGGUCUGGGCACCGCAGCCCUGAACAGCAAACUCAUCGCUGCAGGAGGGUACAACAGGGAGGAGUGUCUGAGGACUGUGGAAUGUUAUGACACCAAAGAGGACCGCUGGACUUUCAUCGCUCCUAUGCGGACUCCUAGGGCUCGCUUCCAGAUGGCUGUGCUCAUGGGUCAGCUGUAUGUAAUGGGCGGCUCCAACGGCCAUUCAGACGAGCUGAGCUGUGGGGAGACCUACAAUCCACAGGCAGAUGAGUGGACUCAAGUGCCAGAACUCCGGACUAACCGCUGCAAUGCAGGUGUCUGCUCCUUGAACAACAAACUCUUUGUUGUGGGAGGGUCGGACCCCUGUGGGCAAAAGGGCCUGAAGAACUGUGAUACUUUUGACCCCGUGACCAAGACCUGGACCAAUUGUGCACCCCUCAACAUCAGGAGGCAUCAGGCGGCUGUGUGUGAACUGGAUGGCUUUAUGUAUGUGAUCGGAGGGGCGGAGUCGUGGAACUGCCUGAACACCGUGGAACGCUACAACCCUGAGAACAACACCUGGACCCUGAUUGCCCCCAUGAACGUCGCCCGCAGGGGUGCCGGUGUAGCCGUCUAUGCAGGCAAGUUGUUUGUGGUGGGUGGCUUUGAUGGUUCCCAUGCAUUACGCUGUGUGGAGAUGUACGACCCCGCCCGCAAUGAGUGGAGGAUGCUGAGUAGCAUGACAUCCGCACGAAGCAACGCGGGCGUGGCUGUACUGGGCGACAUCAUCUGCGCCGUGGGUGGCUUCGAUGGAAACGACUUCCUCAACACAAUGGAGGUGUACAACCCAGAGGCAGAUGAGUGGAGCGACUGUGCUGAGGCCCUCUCCUCUCCCUUUGCCUGAGGACGGGGAGUUCGACCACGGGGCACUUUUCUCCCCCAAACUAACAGGCUUAGUGACGUAAUCGUGUUUUGUGAUGUGUGUUCAUGAGCGGAUUUAUGUGGGAGGGAGUGGGGGUGGGUCAAUGGUUAAGAGUUCACAAGGGUAAGGGGUCUUCAGUGAAGACUGGCUAGUAUUAGGUGGGUGGUUUGGGUUGCCUAAAGCAACAUUACGCCUUUGCAUAUUGCAUACAAUUAUUUCAGUGCUGUAUAUAUUUUUUUCCUCAUUUUUGUCGAAUGCCAACAUUUAAUACAUAUUUAGUGCUUUUAUUUCUCUUGACAGUUGAAAGGAUGUAUGUUUUCAGAAAAGAUAGUUAUUGUCAGUCACCUGGGAAAGAGCAGGGUAUGAAGUGGUGACUUACUGGAAAAUAUUGUAGUUGCAUUGAUUUGAGUUGAUUCAGAAUUCUUUUUUUUUUCCCUCAAUCUGUCAUUUUGCUCACGUACUUAAAAGAUCUGUGGUUUGAAGCCUUAUUCAAAGUGUGAGUGGAGAAACGCCUCAUGGUAGUUUGUGUCAUUUUAAGCUAAAGCUGGAUUGCUUUACGGAUUCUAUACGAUGGCCUUUUUUAUAUUUUUAUACACUGCUGAUUUACCAAGAGAAGUAGCGAAUGCACACGACAGCUCAGUCAUUGAAUUUAACCAGUGCCAGUUUUAGUAACUUUUGUGCGCACACCACGACACACACACGCACAACUACCAUGCUUAUGUACUUCUGCUAACAAAAUCUUUUUGUUACAACUUUACUGAUACACUUGUGUAGAUGCAAUUUACUGAAUCUUUUUUUUCCCCUUCUUCUUGUGAGUGUUUUAAAAGAUGUUCGGUAUUGGCUUAGAUUCUCUUGGGAGGAAAGUUGGAAUGAGAACAUCGUAUCACAUUUGUAAAAGUUAUUUCUUAACUAAUAAACCAUUUCAACCAGA